UCAAUCCAUUACUAUGAAUGAGCAGUGACCAAUAGAAAGGCACGGAGACUAUCCAAGAAAACUGAGAAAACUUCAGACCCAGACACAGGAUCCAGCGACACAUUCCUGGACAGCAAGGUACUAUAAUGGCGACCCCAAUCUGUUUCAUCAUCUGGGUGUUAUUCAUAACAGAUAGUGUCUGGACUCGAAGUGUGAGGCAGGUUUAUGAGGCAAGUGAUCCAGAGGACUGGACUAUGCAUGACUUUGAUUGUCCCAGGGAGUGUUUCUGUCCCCCAAGUUUCCCAACUGCUUUAUACUGUGAAAACCGAGGCCUCAAAGAAAUCCCUGCUAUACCAUCAAGAAUCUGGUAUCUUUAUCUUGAAAACAAUCUGAUAGAAACCAUUCCUGAGAAGCCAUUCGAGAAUGCCACCCAGCUGAGGUGGAUAAAUCUAAAUAAGAACAAAAUAACCAACUAUGGGAUUGAAAAAGGAGCCCUGAGUCAACUGAAGAAGCUGCUUUUCUUAUUUCUGGAAGAUAAUGAGCUAGAGGAGGUACCUUCUCCACUGCCAAGAAGUUUAGAACAAUUACAAUUAGCUAGAAACAAGGUGUCCAGGAUUCCUCAAGGGACAUUCAGCAAUCUGGAGAACCUGACCCUUCUUGACCUGCAGCACAAUAAAUUAUUGGACAAUGCCUUUCAAAGAGACACUUUUAAGGGACUCAAGAACCUCAUGCAACUAAAUAUGGCUAAGAAUGCCCUGAGGAAUAUGCCCCCAAGAUUACCAGCCAAUACAAUGCAGCUCUUUUUGGACAACAAUUCCAUUGAAGGGAUACCAGAAAAUUAUUUUAAUGUGAUCCCUAAAGUGGCCUUCCUGAGACUAAACCACAACAAAUUAUCAGAUGCUGGCCUCCCUUCUAGUGGUUUUAACGUAUCAUCAAUUCUAGAUCUUCAACUGUCUCACAAUCGACUUACAAAGGUCCCCAGAAUCAGUGCUCACCUGCAGCACCUUCACCUGGAUCAUAACAAAAUUAAAAAUGUGAAUGUCUCUGUGAUAUGCCCUACACCUCCUACCACCCUGCCUGCAGAACAAGAUUCCUUCAGCUAUGGACCUCAUCUUCGCUACCUCCGUCUAGAUGGAAAUGAGAUCAAACCACCAAUCCCAAUGGAUUUAAUGGACUGCUUCAGGCUCCUUCAGGCUGUCAUUAUUUAAACAUGUCUUUAACGAUCUAAAAUUUACUUAAGGAGAUAAUAUCUUUGACAUGAAACUUGGUUACUAGUCAUAGGCUAAAGACAAAAAAAAAAAUCAACUUUCUAAUGCUUGGUGCCACCAUUUUUAUUUGUACAGCUUAUUUUUUUUUCUAUUCAAAGUUGCUUUUGCCAAUGAUAUGUUAUCACAGCCUUCUUUCUUUAAUUAAGAAAAACAGACACAGAGUUAAGAUAGUUUAUCAACUCAAAGAUGGUUCCUUUUUAGUCUCUUUCACUGCUUACUAACACCAAAUAAUGGAAACACACUGUUAUGUAAUGGAAAGGAUAUAUUUGUUUGCAAAUGUUCAAAAUGCUUAUGCAGGUACUAUAUUUACAGUAUAAACACAGUAAUCUAACAGGAGGUAGGAAUUUCUAGAGAAAGUUCUAGUCAUUUAAUACCAAAUAACCAAAUAGCACUAUUAGUUUAGUACUAUUUCUUACAGCUACUGUCUUUAAAUGUGGUACAGUGUACUCUAGCCAUUAAAGAAGUCCUAGAUUUAUUAUAACACAUUUCUCCAGGAUCUUAGCGUUUUAACACUUGAAAUCCCCUUGAAUCAAAGCAAAUUGUUCAAAUCUUAUAUUCACCAGUGGUUUGGGGAUUUUUUAAAUAAAAAGAGUGAGUGCUUUCUAACAAAACAGAAAUAAAAUAUUUAUUUCAGGAGGCUUAUUCACAAAUUUUACUAAGAUUGUAUUUUUAAUAAAAAACUGUUAUAGUAACAAUUAUUUCCAUUUUUAUAGCAUGAAUAUAUUAAAAUAUGUUUUUUCCUUACCUGUUUUUCCUUGUUAUCCAGUGAACAUAAGAAAAAUUUAUAUUCUAAUCACCUGAUGUAACAUAACCUAUUUUUCAUGAGUCAAAAUAAAACAAAGCAAAACAGGAUUUUGUU